AUGUCGCAUUCUCUUGUAGCACUGGAGACCGGAGGCACGAGAACUGCAGUGAGAGCUCGGGGCUUUCCUCUGUUGCUUCUGAGCUUCCAGACGCUAGGGAUCAUCUAUUCUGAUAUUGGGACGUCUCCUUUGUACGUCUUGAAUGGCAUAUGGCCUGCUUCGGGUCCCCUUCCUUCGGAGGAAGACGUUAUAGGAGGCAUCAGCGCCAUUAUAUGGUCACUGACUCUACUCCCGCUAUUGAAAUACGUCUUCAUAUGCCUGAGGUUCGGGACUCAUGAAGGGGAGGGUGGUACAUUUGCAUUAUUUCAGGGCCUAUAUCCUCGGAAAGAGCAGGAUUCCGAGUAUGACCGCAGCUUGACUCGAGAGAGCUUGGGUCAGAGAAGUAAAUCAGGCACCGCCAAGUUAUCGCCUCACCUUCGUUGGCCUCUUAUGAUUUGGUGCUUACUUGGCACUAGUCUUACACUCGCGGACGGUAUCUUCACACCCGCUGUAUCUGUAACCAGUGCCGUAGGAGGCAUCGCUGUAGCCGAAGCGUCCGUCACUUCAAAGAUUAUUCCCAUCUCCAUAGCGUUCCUUCUUGCUCUUUUUCUUGCCCAGCCCUUUGGUACUUCAAGGAUAGCAUCAGUCUUUGCUCCGAUUACAUGCAUAUGGCUUCUGCUGUUAGGCUCGACGGGGAUUGUCAACAUUACCAGUCACCCGGGUGUGUUUCGUGCAUUCGAUCCGUCUCGUGCCGUGCUUUUAUUCGUCCGCACGAGGGAUUACGACCUCCUCGCUGGUGUACUUCUGGCCGUAACCGGCUGCGAAGCUAUAUUUGCUAAUCUGGGUCAAUUUAAUAUGACUUCCAUACAGCUUUCCUUUUCUUGUUUCGUUUAUCCGUGCCUCGUCCUCGCCUACCUCGGGCAAGGCGCCCGUCUGAUCACCGAUGGGCAGUCUGUAUUCUCGAACGUAUUUUAUCAGACCAUUCCUGGGUCUUCUGGUGGCCCCUUGUUCUGGAUACUCUACGUGUUUGCUAUUCUGGCCACUAUAAUCGCAUCUCAAGCCAUGAUCACGGCGACUUUCAGUCUCAUCCAGCAACUUGUAAACAUGAAGAGUUUGCCACCGAUACGUAUGGUGUACACAUCCGACAAGAUCCAGGGUCAAGUAUACGUACCGAGCGUCAAUUGGAUUCUGAUGAUUGCCACUAUUGUCGUCGUGGCCGCUUUCAAGAGUUCCACUGCUCUCACAAACGCUUAUGGAUUCGCCGUGGCGACAGUCAUGUUUUCCACUACCGUGCUCAUUGCUGUCCACAUGAGGUACGUGAAAUACUGGCCAGCACUUGUUGCGGUCGCAUACCUGGUUGUGUACGGUUUCCUGGAUGGUCUGUUCUGGGGCGCUGCUCUGAAGAAGAUCCCACAGGGCGCCUGGGUGCCCCUGAUGAUUGGCCUCAUACUUAUGGUUCUGAUGGUGUUUUGGACCUGGGCAAAGGGUCUUGAAGACGCAUUCGACGGUGCCAACCGGAAAAGCAUACGCCGCUUCAUAAUUACGAAGGGUGACAAUGAAGAGUCCAACAUCGUACAGACGCCUCGGGAGGACACGAUUGUCGAGCUUGCAGGUGAAGGUAGCAUCACUGAGGAGACUGGUGAAGAAGAGAAGAUGACAGGCCGCACCACCUAUUAUCUCGCUCCUAACAUCGAAGGCGGCAACCACCAUCAUCAUGAGGCCCAGGCCAUGGAUUCCCUGAGACUGGCCCGUAUACCGACCUGCGCUGUGUUCCACAAGCUUACUGGUGGGAAGGGGGUUCCCCAUUCAUUCGUUGGUUUCGUCCGACAAUGGCCUGCACUACCAGAACUCAUCAUAUUCCUUUCCGCGCGCGUCCUUCCUGUCCCAAGAAUAUCGCGGGAGGAACGCUACGUUGUGGACAAGGUCCGGAGCGUCGACGGCUUCUAUGCUGCGACAUAUCACUUGGGCUUCCGGGAAGACUUCGACGUCAAGGUGGACGAGAUAAUUGAGCAGAUAUGCACUCUCGAAGCCCGCGUGGAGCCUGAAAGGUCCGCUGAGAAAAUCCGACGCAUACGACAAGCCGCGAGGACUACGACUCACAUUGUCCCUCAUUACUAUGUAAUCAGCAAGCGGAUCCGGGGCGGACGGCUGUCCAGCGUGAUAGACUGGCUUAGGUCCCUCCUCAUCGAAGAUAUCUAUCGUCCCAUGGUGACUAUGUUCCCCGAUACAGCGAAUUGGGUCGGGUCUGCAGAUGAGAUAAUCCGUGUCGGCGUCAACGCGACAAUCUAG